AUCCAUGAUAAAGGUUGCUAUACUCUUUAGUGUUUGGUCACUUGGGGGAAAUCCAGAAAGGCUCACGACACUGGAGAUCAAAAUAAAAGCCCAGUCAUCCAGCAAGAGGAACUGAAGUGAGAGAAACCAGUCCACCGACACUGAGCAGUAAGAGCAGACACUCCUAGACAUGGCCUCAGAGACCCACAUGCUGGUCCCCAUGUGCCUCAUUGAGAAUGUUAAAGGGCAACUGAUGACCAACCAGGAAGCCCUACGGAUCCUGUCAGCCAUCACACAGCCUGUGGUGGUGGUGGCCAUCGUGGGCCUCUACCGCACGGGCAAAUCCUACCUGAUGAACAAACUCGCCGGGAAGCAAAAGGGCUUCUCUCUGGGCGCCACAGUACAGUCUCACACCAAAGGAAUCUGGAUGUGGUGUGUGCCUCAUCCCAAGAUGGCAGACCACACCCUAGUUCUGCUUGACACCGAGGGUCUGGGAGAUGUAGAGAAGGGCGACAACCAGAAUGACUCCUGGAUCUUUGCCCUGGCAGUCCUCCUGAGCAGCACUUUUGUGUACAACAGCAUGGGAACCAUCAACCAGCAGGCCAUGGACCAGCUGCACUAUGUGACAGAGCUGACAAAUCGAAUCAGAGCCAAAUCCUCCCCUGAUGAGAACGAGGUUGAGGAUUCAGCUGAAUUUGUGAGCUUCUUCCCAGACUUCGUGUGGACUCUGAGAGAUUUCUCCCUGGACUUGGAACUAGAUGGACAGCCCAUCUCAGCAGAUGAGUACCUGGAUAAUGCCCUGAAGCUAAAGCAAGGUACUGGUAAAAAAGACAAAAAUUAUAAUCUGCCCCGACUCUGUAUCCGCAAGUUCUUCCCGAAAAAGAAAUGCUUUAUCUUUGAUAGACCCACUCAUAGAAAGAAGCUUGCCCGGCUAGAGACUCUGCAUGAUGAUCAGCUUGACAGUGAAUUUGUGCAACAAGUUGCAGAAUUCUGCUCAUACAUAUUCAACUAUUCCAAGGUUAAAACUCUUUCAGGAGGCAUCAAAGUCAAUGGACCUCGCUUGGAGAGUCUAGUGUUGACCUAUGUCAAUGCCAUCAGCAGUGGGGAUCUGCCCUGCAUGGAGAAUGCAGUCCUGGCCCUGGCCCAGAUUGAGAACUCAGCUGCUGUGCAGAAGGCCCUUGCCCACUAUGACCAGCAGAUGGAGCAGAAGGUGCAGAUGCCCACAGAGACCCUCAAGGAGCUGCUGGACCUGCACAGGGUCUGUGAGAGAGAGGCCAUUGAGGUCUUCAUCAAACAUUCCUUCAAAGAUGUUGACCAACUAUUUCAAAAGGAUUUAGCGGCCCAGCUAGAAACAAAGCGGGAUGACUUUCAUAAGCAGAAUCUGAAAGCAUCUUCAGAUCGUUGCUCAGCUUUACUUCAGGACAUUUUCAGCCCUCUAGAAGAAGAUGUGAAGCAGGGAGUUUAUUCUAAACCAGGGGGCUAUCGUCUCUUUAUUCACAAGAUACAAGAGCUGAAGAAAAAGUACUAUGAGGAACCCAGGAAGGGGAUGCAGGCUGAAGAGAUUCUGCAGACAUACUUGAAGUCCAAGGAGGAUGUGACUGAUGCAAUUCUACAAACAGAUCAGACUCUCACCGAAAAGGAAAAGGAGAUCGAAGUGGAGCGUGUGAAAGCUGAAUCUGCAGAGGCUGCAGCAAAAAUGUUGGAAGAAAUGCAAAAGAAGAAUGAGCAGCUGAUGGAACAGAAAGAGAGGAGUUAUCAGGAACACGUGAAACAGUUGACUGAGAAGAUGGAGCAGGACAGGGCCCAGAUGCAGCAAGAACAAGAGAAGAUCAUUGCUAUUAAACUUCAGGAACAAGCACGGUUACUAAAGGAAGGAUUCCAAGAAGAGAGCAAACGACUUCAUAAAGAGAUACAGGAGCUCCAGAAGAGUAUGAAAAAACCCAAGAAAAAAUGUGUCAUAAGCUAAAGUCCUAAAGAUGAGAGGUUUCCUGUCACCAUUAUGCAAAGGAUAGCUGAAGUGAUUUUAGAUCCUGGAACAAGUGUCACUUCUUUCAAUAAUAAUUAUGUUUUAUAGUGUUUAAGUUUUCAAAAACAAACAGUAUAAUAAUUGAAAUCAUUGUUUCUCUUCCACAAAAGGUUUUAAAUUGUAUAACAAGGAUUCAUUUUACCUCUGAAUCAAUACAGGAAGUAUCACUGGCAGCACUAGAAAAAUGUGUUUAAAUGUGUUUAAUGCGCCUCUAAUCCCAGUGACUCAGGAGGCUAAGGCAGGAUAAUUCCAUGUUCAAAGCCAGCCUAGGAAACUUAACGAGACCCUAAGCAACUCAGUGAGACC